CAACCCUUCGUCAAACAAGGUGACACACUCGACGUAUUCCUCCCUUCUUUCUGGAAUCGUCAAGUAGCCAUAGCGGAGGGUGAAUCCCCUGAUUUCAAGCACCCUCCAUUGCCUUUGGCCCGCAUCAAAAAAGUAAUGAAGUCUGACCCUGACGUCAAGAUGAUCUCAGCCGAUGCGCCCAUACUCUUUGCCAAGGCUUGCGAAAUAUUCAUUCAAGAACUAACUUGCCGGACGUACCUCAUUGCCGAAUCCUCCAAGCGUCGAACCCUCUCGAGAACAGACAUAGCUCGCGCGAUUUCGAAAUCGGAUCAAUAUGAUUUCUUACUUGAUAUCAUUCCGAGGGAA